AUGCAGAUAUUUUGGCUUUUCAUCAUCAUUACUUUAAUAAAAGCAGAAGAUCAUCAGUUUAAAUAUCCUCCAACAAAACCAUCGAUCCAACCCUUUCUUGAUGAUGCUUAUAUUCCUGGCGCUGCAAUAAUGGUCGUCAAAUCAAAUGAAGUUAUUUAUGAAGAAGGUAUUGGUUAUCAUUCUCCACCUAUUUCAGAACCACGUCAACCAAUAGAUCCUUUAACCUCAAUUUUCGUUUUGGGCUCCAUCUCAAAAACAUUCAUUGUUGUAGCAGCUAUGCAAAUGGUCGAAUUAAAUCGUCUUAAUCUUGACACAGAUAUCAAUGAAUACUUGCCAUCUCUUAUGAAAAUUUUUCAUCCACAAUAUCCUAAUAUUUCAAUCACCACUCGACAUUUACUUACACACACAUCUGGUAUUGGAACGAAUUUUGAAGAAGAACUUACGCAUUAUCUUCCUGGUGAUAGUUUUACACAAACCAAUCUUGGCAAUGUUAUUCAGAAAUACUUAAGUAAUGAAAAAAGUUGGUUACCUAUACCACCUGGAAAUAAAACAUUUUAUUCAAAUAUGGGUGCAUGCUUAGCUGCAUUCAUUGUUGAACGUGUGGCCGGAGCAUCAUUCGAACAUUAUGUUCAAGAUAAAAUAUUAAAACCAUUAGAUAUUGAUGAGAAAAAAGGAGGUUAUCGAUUAAGUAAUUUUCAAGACAAUAAAAAGAAUCUUGUUGAUCAUUAUAUAUUCAAUGCAUCAUGGCUGGAAGUCUACGAAAAGCUGGCACAACAGUUGAAUGCUUCUCGAGUAAAGUUUCUUGCAACAUAA